AUAGAAGAUCCCAAAAUCUUGUUGAGUCAGGUGUGGUGCAACUGAACAUUCGAAGCUACUUGCCAUUAUUUUAAGCGCUACUUCAAUCAAACUUGGUCGGCAUAGCUGGAUCAAGACGAAGUCCACAUCAGCACCACCACGUGCCAUCUUAUCAUUGGUUCAUAAUAACAUUAUUCUCUUUUCCAAUUCUACCCCUACGACAUUUCCUCAACGGAAUUCAGUUCACAAUCUUUGUGGGAGAGAAAGAAACCGUUACUUUUAUCUCUGCGGUAUCACUGGAAUCACUCUUUGAUCGCACCGUAACGGUUACGAUUCUGUUCGUUAUUGGUGAACUGAGAUGGUGAAUCCGUUGGUUGAUCGUGCUACGAGCGACAUGCUCAUCGGUCCUGAUUGGGCUUUGAACAUCGAGAUCUGUGAUAUACUCAAUCGUGAACCAGGGCAAUCAAAGGAUGUUGUUAAAGGUUUAAAGAGGCGGAUUGGAAGUAGAAAUUCUAAAGUUCAACUUCUUGCGCUAACUCUGCUGGAGACGAUCAUAAAAAAUUGUGGGGACAUUGUCCACAUGCAUGUUGCGGAGAGAGACGUUCUUCAUGAGAUGGUGAAAAUAGUAAAGAAGAAGCCCGAUGCCCAUGUUAGAGAGAAGAUAUUGACUCUUAUCGAUACUUGGCAAGAAGCUUUUGGAGGCCCAAGGGCGAGAUAUACACAGUAUUAUGCUGCCUACCAGGACCUGUUGCAUGCGGGGGCUGUAUUCCCUCCAAGGUCUGAGCAAUCUGCACCCAUAUUCACGCCACUACAAUCACAACCAUUGGGAUCAUACCCUCAAAACAUACGUGACUCUGAUACUCGGCAACCCACAGCUGAGUCCUCAGCGGAGUCUGAGUUUCCGACUCUUAGUUUGACUGAAAUUCAGAAUGCACGUGGUAUUAUGGACGUUCUUACAGAAAUGCUCAGUGCUUUAGAGCCUGGUAACAAAGAAGGGCUUCGGCAGGAAGUUAUUGUUGAUUUGGUGGAGCAAUGUCGAACAUACAAGCAGAGAGUGGUACACCUUGUUAAUUCAACUUCGGAUGAGUCACUACUGUGCCAAGGACUAGCUCUUAAUGAUGAACUGCAGCGUAUACUUGCCAAGCAUGAAUCCAUAGCUUCAACAGGACCUACUGUCAAAAAUCAAACAGAGAAAUCAAAUUCAGCACCUACUGGAGCACGUGUAGAUGCUGAUGGUCCUUUGAUUGAUACUGGAGAUACUAGUAUACAAACUGAUGCAAGAUCUUCUAGUGCUGAAGCAGGGUCUCAAACAUUGAAUCAGUUGUUGCUUCCUGCACCCCCCACAUCAAAUGGUUCAGCUCCUCCAGUAAAGGUUGAUCCCAAAUGGGAUCUGCUCAGUGGCGAAGAGUUUAACUCACCCAAAGAAGAUAAUUCACUUGCUCUUGUUCCUGUAGGAGAACAACAGGCAGCCAGUCCCACCUCUCAGCAAAAUGCCCUUGUUCUUUUUGAUAUGUUUUCUAAUGGAAACAAUGUGCCACUUUCUGUUAAUACCCAACCAACAGCCCCUCAAUUUCAACAACAAACUAUCAUAUCUCAAGGUGUAUUUUACCCCAACGGAAGCAUGCCAAAUGCGGGGUCACCUCGGUACGAGCAGUCACUAUAUACUCAAAGUACAGGUCCUGCCUGGAAUGGUCAAGUUGCGCAGCAGCAGCAGCCACCAUCACCCGUUUAUGGUGCACAAAGUGGUGGAUCAUUCCCACCUCCUCCUUGGGAAACUCAACCUGCAGACAACGGUAGUCCAGUAGCAGGCAAUCAAUACCCGCAGCCACUGCAAGUCACUCAAAUGGUCAUGACACAUGUACAAACUGGCGGACUUCCUCAGGGACCUCAAGCAACGGGAUAUGAUCAGGCUCCUGGAAUGUUUAUACAGCCAAAUGCUAACCCUAUCUCUACAUUCAAUAACCAAGUUCAAAAUAACCAAAUGGGAUUGCAGCCUCCCUAUAUUCAGGGGGUUGCAGGUCCUUAUAUGGGCAUGGUUCCACCUCAAAUGCAAAAUGGUCCUAUGGCUUCCAUGUUUCCUCAACAGAUGUAUGGUAACCAAUUCCCAGGAUAUGGCUAUGGUCAGCAACAAGGGCUUCAAUAUGCUGAGCAGCAAAUGUAUGGUUUAUCUUUGAAAGAUGAUAAUGCUCUAAGAAAUCCUUAUCAGGUUUCUGCUGCAUCUUAUGCCCCAUCCGGAAAGCCUUCCAAGCCAGAGGAUAAGUUAUUUGGAGACCUUGUUGACAUGGCAAAAGUGAAACCAAAAUCUACUACAGACCCGAGCUGAUAGCACUUGAAAAACUAUGAUUGUUUUUUCUUUCUUUUUCAACUGUUUGCCAACUCUUGCCAUAUUUUUUCUUUAUUCUUUAUAUUUUACUUUCUUAUAAAUUAAUAUAUGUAUAUCUUUUAUGUUA